CUGGACACGUUCAGGCAGAAGUAAACGCCAUAGAUCUGGUAGACGUACAGCGUGCCUGGGCUCAUGAACAUCGCCGCGUUGCUGAGGCUCCGCCUGCCGCCGCGGGAGUGCGAGGCCUGGUCCUCCCCGCCCAGUAACCCCGAACUAGAAUCUCCGGGUCUUGGUCCCUGCGUUGGCAUCGGCCCCGCGACAGGUGAAACGGAUGCCACCACCGGGAAUCGAUGCAUCGCCUUUCCAUCACGUAAGUGGAUGUUGGAUCGCAAGCUGGAAGCAAUGAAGAAGAGAAAUCGAACAAAUCGCCAUUAUUUUAAAACAAUAAGAUGCAAUACUGUAUAAAAUUACCUAUCGUCACAGUCACAUAUAACAUGAUUGCAAGGUCAGUUUGCAGUGGACAAUGUUGUGGAUAUGGCCCGAAGUUACCAUCCACAGCACUGGAGGCUGUGCGGCGCUUGGCAGCAGAUUGUGAACAUCCGUACUGCACCUGACCCACGAACUGUUCAAUUCACCUGGUGACUGUCUUCCUCAGUGGAGCAAUCUGCCUCUCCUAGAUGUAGAAUUAGGAUCGAUGGAAUAAAUCCCGUGUUUCUAAUGUCGCACAUUGCUGCAGUGGGUUUGUUAUUAUGAGGAGAGUGGGCCUUGCUGUACAGAGUUACAGCAUACCAGCCAUGAUAUACAUCGGGGCCUUUGUGCUAACCCGUUCUGUAGUUGUGGCGAGAUGUUAAAAACGGGUCAAAACAUGUGGCGCGCGGCAGUCAUGGCAGUCCCUUCCUGCACUGGCUGGUUCAUCGCGUCGGAGGCUGCCUGUCUGCAGAGAGCCCGGUGUUCCGCUGGAAUCUCCGGAUGCUGGUCCUCGUGUUGGCGAUGCAUCACCACAACGAUGUCUUUCCAUCACGUAAGUGGAUGUUGGAUGCCAAGCUGGAACCAAUGAAGAGAAGAAAUCGAACAAAUCACCAUUACUUUAAAACAAUAAAAUGUAGAGAAUUCAACCCCACCCUAAAUCCACGUCCUCUAGUUCGAUCUACCUCUGAUACCGUGAACAGUCUCCUGCACUCUACCCUAUCAACACCCAUCAUAAUUUUAUGAUAGGGAUAUAAAAUUCCCUAUCAUCACAGUCACAUAUAACCUUCGUUAACAUGAUUGCAAGGUCAGUUUGCAGUGGACAACGUUAUGGAUAUGGGCCGAAGUUAGCCAGGGCGUUUGAUUAUCAUGUGGCUCCGUUGAACGUGUUCUGUUCUGUGAUUCAUAAAUCUGAAUUCAGAUCCACACCAGGCCAUGACAAAACAAAAGCUUGACACAUUACCCUAGGCACAAGAGAUUGCAGAUGCUGGAAUCUGGAACAAUAGAAAACAAAUAACUGGAGCAACUCAGCGCGUCAGGAAGCAUCUAUAGAUUGAACGUCGGCUCCCACUUCCCUCCACAGAUGCUGCCUGACCCGCUGACUUUCCCCAGAAGUUUGCUUUUUUAACUGUAGAAAAAAAUGCUGCUUUGUCACAGAACUGAAAGUAAUUUAUUAUAAAUGAAUUACUAUGGGACAGCAUGGUGUCCCGUAAAUUGACAUUCUCUUUUGUAUACGGGAUAUUCUGUACAAUGAAAUGGGUGGUUGUCAAUAAAUUUUCAUCGAAACAGUGUUUUACCAUAAACGACACUGGUCGCAGUGAGAGAAGAGUACAUAAUGUGAUCUUCGUAGCUGAACUGGUAUCUUUAUCAAUGUUCAGUUCUGUUCUUGCAGGUGGUUCACAUCUCAGGUGUAUGCUACACCCAACUGCACAGCAUGUCUGCCUAUAAUUGGAUAUGUCUUUUAGUUUGCUGUUAAUCAGAAAGCGAAGAUGCCCUGAUAUUUUCACUUACACUAAUUAUAGAAAUUUUUGCAUAGUGUUAGAUAAAUAGCACAAAUAUCCGGAAGCAAACGAUUCAUCUCAUUGAUUUUAAUGUGUUACUUUUACCAUAUUUAUUAAAGGCAAGUUUUGAAGGCAUCAGUAAAAUUAGAACUGUUUGGUUUUUGUUUUGUUCUGCCUGUAGUUUUGCUAGUCUUUGAUUUCAGUGAAUGGGAAGAAACGUUGUGUUCAGGUCUGGAUGAUGAAAUGCUGAGGUGUCGCCGGGUUGAAAGCGUUCAUAACCACCUGGAUAGCUUUGGCGAGAGGUGCUUUUAAGGAUUUCGGGCAUGGAGGUCUUGUGGCGCGGUAAUGAUAGGAGAUGCUGUUGCACAGGCUGCUGAAAAGCCCGAUGAGCGGAAGGAUGGGCUGUGCUACAAGCACCAAACAGAGAACAAAUAGUUUUACCCACCGGGACCUGAUCAAUGGGGCUCUCUUCGAAGCUGGGCAACAGGGUCGUUUUGAAGAUCAGGCGGCAUCAUUUGAACACUCUCAGGCAGCAAAGACAUUUGUGGCUUUGCAUGACUAUGAACCAACAAGUGAACGCGAUCUGGGAUUUAAGAAAGGUGACCGACUUAUUGUUAUAUCAGAAAAGGGAGAUUGGUGGAAGGCAAAAUCCUUGGUUUCCGGCAAAGAAGGUUUUGUUCCCAGUAACUUCUUGGCAAGAAUGGACACAUUAGAAGUGGAAAAUUGGUUCUUCAAAGGAAUAAGCCGGAAGGAUGCUGAGAGGCAAUUGUUGGCUCCAGGCAAUAAAUUAGGAACUUUCCUAGUCCGUGAGAGUGAAACUAAUAAAGGUGCCUUUUCACUGUCUGUGAGGGACCGCGACUCUAAAUAUGGUGAUAUAGUGAAGCACUACAAGAUUAGACUGCUUGAUGACGGUGGUCAUUAUAUCACACCCAGAGCCAUGUUCCCCAAUUUACAGAAAUUGAUUCAGUAUUAUUCAAAAAAUUCAGAUGGUCUAUGCCAGCGACUGACUAAGCCAUGCCCUAUGCUGGCUCCUCGAAAGCCCUGGUGGCCGGAUGAGUGGGAAAUCCCAAGAGAAGCCCUGAAGUUGACAAGUAAACUAGGAGCUGGGCAGUUUGGGGAAGUUUGGAUGGGUUACUAUAAGAACAAUACCAAGGUUGCCAUUAAAAUGCUGAAGGAGGGUAGCAUGUCUCCAGAGGCUUUCCUGGAAGAAGCCAACCUUAUGAAGACACUUCAACAUGACAAGCUGGUGCAGCUGUAUGCAGUUGUGACAAAGGAACCCAUAUAUAUAGUGACUGAAUUUAUGGCAAAAGGUAGUUUGCUGGAUUUUCUAAAGACUGAUGAAGGAAUGAAGAUAGAGCUAACAAAAUUAAUUGACAUGUCAGCUCAGAUUGCAGAGGGAAUGGCGUAUAUUGAACGGAAAAAAUACAUCCACAGGGAUCUACGAGCUGCCAAUAUAUUGGUAUCAGAAACAUUGGUCUGCAAGAUUGCAGAUUUUGGUCUUGCCCGGCUUAUAGAUCAUGAAUACACAGCACGUGAAGGUGCCAAAUUCCCUAUCAAAUGGACAGCACCAGAAGCCAUUAAUUAUGGCACAUUCACAAUCAAGUCUGAUGUCUGGUCCUUUGGUGUACUUUUAACAGAAAUUACAACAUAUGGGAGAGUACCGUAUCCAGGGAUGAGCAACCCUGAAGUAAUACGUAGUUUAGAGCGUGGCUAUCGAAUGCCCCGCCCUGACAACUGCUCAAAUGAACUCUAUGAUAUCAUGUUGAACUGCUGGAAAAAUGCUCCAGAAGAUAGACCCACAUUUGAAUAUUUACAGAGUAUUCUGGAGGACUUCUUUACAGCCACAGAAGGACUGUACCAAUCUGCUUAGCUACAAGCAUCUAUCUAGUGAAAGAAACAGUUGCUUUGUCACAGGACUUCCAAUCAAACACUGUAUUUUCAUUCGUGCAUAGUUGAAAGCAAUUCAAAGAAAGCCAACAAGUCUUAUAUGUUUUAUUAUAUUUGAUUUUCCAUAAUUGAUUGGACUCAACCCUAACCAAAUCACUCUUUGGGUUGUAAUUCAGAAGACUCACUGUCAGCAGAAAUAUGUACCUGCAUAAGGAACUGCUGAGAAAAUUUCAAUGGAAGUGCCUUCCACGAAUUACUGUGGGCCUAAAAUAUGUUCUUUCUUGAUUAAGAACCCUCCCAGCAUUUCUGACAGCUGCUUCUCCUCGGGAUCUCUUGCUGGUUUAGAUAAAUGUGUUUAUUAUUUUCAAGUUGCUUUUUAAAACUCAUCCCGAGCUUGUCAUCUUGAAACCUUCACAUUAUGAUUUGCAGCCACCUAGUUGUGUUGGUUCACUAACUGAAUGCUGAAACAUUGAAAGUUGUGCAUUUCCUUUUCAUUAUGUUCCAUGUUACAUUAGAAAAACAGUAUCUGACCAGUUUUAUAUGAAACUAUAAUUGCUUAUGCUGAAAGUUUCCUUUAUGCUAUAUUGGUUGAUCUGGGUUGCUAAUUUAUUAGAAGAUGUAUGCAAGCAUUUUUAAAAGCUACAGAUUUUUCUGAGGUUUAAAGCACCAUUGAAUUCUCAUGUUAAAGUGAUCUUGCUUUUUACUUGAGAAUGCACAAUUGUUCACAUUUAAACACACAUUGCUUAGAAACUGUACAGUACAAAUCCAAUUAAGUGGUUUGCUCAUUUUAGGACUGUUGAGUGAUGUAGAUCAUGAGAGCACAUUUAAUCUUGACUCUUGCUCAAACCCUCUGAUUACAUCAGUUUGCAGAGGCAGAAGUUUACUUAAGAGCUUUUGUCCAACACUGAACCAAGAUAUAAUGUGCAGAAAAGGUAGGGAAUUCAUCCUUUUGAAAGGCUUGUGGUUUUGCAGUUUAUGCAUGAUAAGAAGGAACCACGAUUGAAUUUGUUGUUCUGCUGAAAAUAAAGAAUUUAUUGAUGAAGUGUCUUCAACCUGUAACAUUAACUGUUUUUCUUUCCAUAGAUGCUGCCUGAUCUGCUGAGUUUUUCCAGCAUUUUCUGUUUUUAUUUCAGAUUUCCAGCAUCUGCAUUUUUUAAAAUUUUCAUUUACUUAAAACAAGUGACUUGGAUAAUCAAUUUAACACAUUUAGGACUGAGAAAUGCAGUGAUGCACUGGUCUGAAUUGGGCACUCAUUCCAUUUAAAUCUGAGGCUCUGAAGGUUCUGAGGCUUGAAAUCUGUGCAAGACAGUUUGUCAUGUGUACAAAGUUACUGAAUGGCUAAAUACAGUCAGUGCAAGAAGCAGGAACUAUUAAGUCAAAUUAAGUGGUGUCAGAUUGUACCUUAUUCAUAAGAGUCGUUUUUCAUUACUUCAAUUAACUGUUAUUAGUUGUUGAAAUAAAG